AUGACCGGGUGGAUGAAAAGCAUUCUGAGAUCGUCUGGAAUCACCAGGGAGAGGCCCUUGAGGGAAUCCACCUCUACCUCUAAAGUGACUGAUGCAGUUGAGAACCUGUCCUCACGAGAACAAGUCAGCUUUGGGAAAAAGCCGAAACAGGGGAUCGAUUCAGCUCUUGAGUGUGUCUCUUGCGUCAACGAGUAUCAACCAUCGGAUACCAUCCUGCUUCCUUGCUCCCACAUUUAUUGCAAGGGUUGUGUCACCACUAUAUUUGACCUAUUUAUUCAAGGCGAAGCCCCAUCACCACCACAAUGUUGUGGUGGGCUGUUGAUCGGAUCCCAAGUCACAGACAUAUUAGGCCUCGAAACCACCAAAAGAUACGAGGAUCGUCACACCGAGUUCAGAGACCCCAACAAACUUUUCUGUUCAAAUUCAAACUGCCGUCGAUACAUAUUGCCUAGCAGGACACGCCAUCGAGCUGGAGUGUGCGAGCAUUGUAUGACGCGUACGUGCGUGUGGUGUGGUAAUGUGGCACACCUUGGCCUAUGCCCGAGCGAAAGAGCCGAGAACACGAAUGCUUCAAAUGGGACCAAGACCAAAAAGCGCAUCAAAAAGACUAAGAAAGCCACCAAGACCAGAAAAGUUGCUAAGCGCAGCAAGAACAGUAAGGUCGCGAAGGGAAAGACGGUCUGCAAGAGCAACGAGGAUAGGGAGAACGAGGUGGAGACACCGGAGGACAUCAAUGCUAGGAACGAUGCCCUACUAGAGAGAUUGAUGAAAAGGAAAGCAUGGCGGCGGUGUCUCAUGUGCUCCCGGGUGAUAGAAAGGAUUUCUGGAUGUUCCCACAUUCAAUGCCCCUGUGGAUUCGACUUCUGUUACAAGUGCUCUAAAUCAACGUCAAAUUUCCCACUACAGACAAUUACACGGACAGGCACAGUGACACCAGGCCAAUGUAAAUGUUAUGGACGCUAUGGACACUAUGGACACUAG